AUGGCGACGUUGUUGUGUUUUUCCGUGGGUUUAUUCACAACAUACACGCACACGUCGUUUAAUACAGAAAGCAUCGGUGGAUCGAUAGCGGAAUACGAGGGGGAAUUUGCUCCAACAAAAGAGGAUAAUGAGCGACAACAACAUCAACUACUGGACGCUGUUUUCAAGAAACAUCAAGUUGUGUUACACGGAACAGACCUCCAGCAGCCCCCUUGCUUUAAGGAGGAAGAUGAGGAACCACAGCCCUCCCACAUUAAAGAGGAAGAAGUCUGGAUCACUCAGGAGGGAGAGUGUCUUCUAAAGCAGGAGGAGGCUGAGCCAAGUUUAACCAAGUUUACACCGACUGUUGUCUCUGUGGAGAUUGAAGAGCAUGAAGACAAACCACCUGAGUCCUCACAGGUUCUUCACAGUCCAAACUUUCAGCAGCUGAUUGGACAUCAAGAAGAACGUCUCCAUCAGACGCAAGAGGGGCGCUCCGCUUUGGAGCAGGAGGAUCCACAGCCCCCCCAUAUUAAAGAGGAAGAGGAGGAACUCAGGAUCUCUCAGGAGGGAGAGUGUCUUCUCGGGCAGGAGGAGGCUGAUCCCACCAAGUUUCCACUGACUGUUGUCUUUGUGAAGACUGAAGACUAUGAAGACAAACCACAAGCAGACAAGCUCGUAGCUUCACUAUCAGAUAAUGUCGACGCAACGUCACACUGUCCUAAGGAUGAAGACACCCAAAAACUUUUGAGUAACAAUACAGACCGUGAAGGUGAUACGCGGAGUCAUUCUGACAACAACCACUAUGAAUCCCCUGAAAAAAACCAACCUCAGGAACGUUUUACCUGCUCAGUUUGCGCUAAAAGGUUUACUUUUAAGAGUGUUUUGACAAGACACCUGCGAACGCAUACUGGAGAAAAACCUUUCAGUUGUUCCGUUUGUGGCGACCAAUUCUCCCGCAAGUCACACGUGGCAUCACACAUGAGAACGCACACCGGAGAAAAACCUUUCAGUUGUUCAGUUUGCGGUUUGAGAUUCCCGCAAAAGUCCCAAAUGGCAUCACACAUGAGGACGCACACGGGGGAAAAACCUUAUUCAUGUACACUUUGCGCUAAAACGUUCAGUCGGCACGACACUUUGAUGGUGCACAUGCGGACACAUAGCGGAGAAAAACCUUACGAGUGUUCGGUUUGCUGCGAAAGAUUCUCUGUGAAGGUUAACAUGGUAUCACACAUGCGUACGCACCGGAAGGAAAAACCCUUCAGAUGUUCAGUUUGCGAUAAAAGUUUUACUCAUAAGAGUGAUUCUACUCGACACAUGCUAACACACGCAGCCGAAAAACAUUUUAACUGCUCAGUUUGUGGUAAAAACUUUUCUUAUAAGAAACGGUUCACAACACACAUGUUGACACACUCCAGUGAAUAAAUGUUUUCCUGUCCAGUUUGUGCUGAAAGAUCAAAA